AUGGCGCCAGUGGCGCUAGCGGCCGGCACGGCGCAUCGUCGUCGGAAAUGGCCGGAAGCGCGUCCUCUAGUCUCUGGACGCGUCACACGCAAGGCACUGGUGCUUAUUAAGGAGCUGAAAACGAAGCCGCCUGCUGACGAGGAUGAACUGCGUCAGAGGCUCGAAAACUGGGUGAAGGGCGUGCGGCCGCACCGCCGGGAUUUGAUUGACACGAUCAAAGAGAUGGACACGGCUGAUACCAGGGAGCUGCUGUGCCAGGUCAUGCAGUGGUCUCUAUCGGAGGAAUGGUACGAGGCUGACGCUCGGGACUACACGAAGCUGGUGGAGAGGUUCGGCAAGGACGGGCGGCUGGGGGAGAUGGAGCGAGCGUUCACAGGCAUGGAGGCGGACGGGAUAGCUCCAGAUUUGAUUUCGUUCUCUGUGAAGAUCAACGCCUAUGGGCGGGCCAAGGAGUUGGAAAAGGCAGAGGCGGCGUGGGAAGAAAUGAGGCUGCGUGGCAUUACUCCUGAUGCCAAGGCAUACACCACCAUGAUGACCGUCUAUGGCAAGGCGGGGCAGCCAGACAAGGCGGAGCAGCUGCUAGACUCCAUGCUCGCUGCUGCCUGCAAGCCCUCCCCUGUCACUCUCUGCUCGCUGGUUACCGCGUUCGGUCUGGCUGGUCGGCCUGAUGACGCUCAGAGGGUCUUUGACAAAGUGCUGUGGGUGAGGUGGGUGGGUGGUGAGUGGAUGGGUAAGUGGGUGAGGUGGGUGGGUGGUGAGUGGAUGGGUAAGUGGGUGAGGUGGGUGGGUGGUGAGUGGAUGGGUAAGUGGGUGAGGUGGGUGGGUGGUGAGUGGAUGGGUAAGUGGGUGAGGUGGGUGGGUGGUGAGUGGAUGGGUAAGUGGGUGAGGUGGGUGGGUGGUGAGUGGAUGGGUAAGUGGGUGAGGUGGGUGGGUGGUGAGUGGAUGGGUAAGUGGGCCGAGACAGACAUAAAACCAGACUCCCAUGUGUUCACAGCCCUGUCAGCAGCCUUCGGGCUGAACGGGCGCACAGACGAGGCAGUAGCAGCGUUCAUGCGCAUGCUGGCUGCGGGGCUAGCCCCUGAUGACACCUUCUAUUCCCCCUCCUCCCAUCCUGUGCUGCAGGCCCAGACGGACAUAAAGCCAGACUGCCACACCUACACUGCUCUCUCAGCCGCCUUCGGCCUGAAUGGGCGCACAGACGAGGCGGUGGCGGCGUUCAAGCGCAUGCUGGCUGCGGGGCUGGCCCCUGAUGACCGCUCUGUGGCCCGGCUGGUGGAGGCCCAUGGCAGCAUGGACAGACAGCUGGACCGACAGCUGGCACUGCUGGCUGGCGGAAGGACGGAGGGAGGAGAGGAGGGAGGAGCGGAAGGAGGAGAGGAGGGAGGGGAGAAGAGGAGAGGGGAAGAGAAAGAGGAGGAGGAGGAGGGGCAGCGGAGGGGGGAGGAGGGGGGCGGGGUUGGGAAGAGGGAGGCGAGUGAGGAGGAGAAGCUGAGGUGCCGGCAGGCGGUGAAGCUGGUGUUGGAGCUGGAGGGGGCGGGUAUCCGGCCAGGCGUGGAGACCUACACUGCUCUCAUUUCUCUGUUUGCCAGCCACGGGUUGGUGAGGGAGGCAGCGGAGGUGUUUGAGGAGAUGCAGAGGGUGGGGCUGCAACCCAACGCCAGGACAUACACCCGCCUCUUCCAGGCUUACGCGCUCGCAGGGGACUUGGACAGCUGCUCCCAGGUUCGGAAGACGAUGCAGGUGCUGGGGUGGACGCUCAACCCACCCAUAGUGCGGGGCAUGGUCCGGGCACUGGUGGCAGGGGGGCAGGGUGCAGCUGCUGCAGACUUGGUGAAAGAGGCGGAGGAGGAGGAAGGGGUGGUGGUUGAUGAGGAUGUGAAGGGAAUGGCUCAGAUGCAUGCAAGGGAGUUGGUGCACUGA